AUGACAGAGCCCUGGCAGCAACAAGCAGAGAACAAACGCCGCGCCAUUCUUGAAUCAAUCCCACAGAAAUGGCAUCUUCCACCAGACUCAAUCCCCACCGCAGACGAGCAGCCUGAUAUUACCGGCUCGUAUCUCCAUCGAUUCCUGGAGCGAAAAGAGGUUGAGAUUACCGAGUGUGAUGCAACAGUGAUUGUCCAGAAAACGACGUCCGGGGAGUGGUCUGCGGUGGAAGUCACUGAGGUUUUCUGUCACCGGGCUGCAUUGGCGCAUCAAUAUGUCAACUGUCUCCAUGAAUUUUUCCCAGAAGUAGCCCUAGAAGACGCACGCCGUCUCGACACCUACUUCACAACCCACAAAAAACCCACCGGCCCCCUUCACGGCCUCCCCAUCAGCCUAAAAGACCAAUUCCAAAUAAAAAACAUCUCAGCAACAAUGGGCUACAUAAGCCACAUCGAUCAACCCUCCAUCACCGAAAGCGAACUAGUCCUCCUCCUCCGCUCCCUCGGCGCAGUCCUCUAUUGCAAAACCAGCGUCCCCACAGGCCUGAUGUCCGGUGAAACAGCCAACAACAUUAUUGGAUAUACCUGGAACCCCCGAAACAGACAUUUAUCGUCUGGUGGUAGUUCCGGUGGUGAGGGCGCAUUGCUUGCACUUAAGGGCUCGCCGUUGGGUUUUGGAACGGACAUUGGGGGUAGUAUUCGGGUUCCUGCUGCUUUUAAUGGAAUUUAUGGGCUGAGGACUUCUGUGGGGAGGAUUCCAUAUGAGGGGGCGAAGAAUUCGAUGGAUGGGCAGAAUACGGUGCUUUCUGUUAUUGGGCCUAUGGCGAGGAGUGUUGGGGCGGUUAGGCUUGCGAUGAAGAGUGUAUUGGGGAUGGAGCCGUGGGUGAGUGAUCCGGGUAGUUUGCCGAUUCCGUGGAGGGGGGAGGUUGAGGAGAGGAUUAAGGGGUUGCUUUGUGGAGGUGGGGAGGGGAAGGGGAAGAUGGCGUUUGGGAUGUUUGAGCAUGAUGGAAUUAUGAGGCCGCAUCCGCCGGUGUUGAGAGCUGUUAGGCUGGUUAGGGAAGUUCUUGUUAAGCUUGGACAUGAGGUUAUCGACUGGAACCCCCCGUCCCACGCUAAAGGAUGUUCCCUUGCGUACGACGCCUACACCCUCGACGCCGGCCACGACAUUAGCACCCAAAUAUCCGCCUCCGGGGAACCCCCAGUCACCCAACUGUCCUGGAUCCUCAACCUCCCCAGCAAAAGCCAGAGAACCGCCUCCGAGAUCUUCGCGCUAAACGUCGCAAGACGCCGUUGGAAGAAGGCCUACAUGGAUUACUGGAACAGCACUGCUAACCAAACCAGCGCGGGGAGACCGGUUGAUGCACUUAUCUGUCCAACGACGAUUAUGGCGGCUGCGUUGCCGGGGAAGCAUGUGCAUCCGGGGUCUACAAUGUUUGUGAAUGUGCUAGAUUGUUCGACUGUUACUUUGCCGGUUACGCAUGUGGACCGGGAGGUUGAUGCGGUGGAAGCUGAGGGGUAUGAUGUUCGGGACUAUGAAGGCGCACCUGUUGGGUUGCAGUUGAUUGGACGGCAGUACGAGGAGGAGAAGAUUCUUGUGCUUGCUGAGUAUAUUGGGGCUGCUUUACGGGGCGUGGAUGUUGCCCGUGGAGAUUGGUAG